CCCCCCCCCAACCACCACCCCAGCGCUCCACCUCUCGCCGAUGUCUCUGCAAAAAGCAGGCACCAGAAGACGCCUCAGUUAGCAGCAUGUCUCGGCGAAAGCAAGCCAAGCCCCAGCAUCUCAGAUCGGACGAGGAGCUGCAAGCCGAGGUGCUUUCGGAGCAGGCAGUGCCAGGAGAAGGACCAGAUGAUGGUGAUAGUGGGAAUGAAAGCAGGAGCGGAAGCGAGGAAACAAAUGUUUGCGAAAAGUGCUGCGCGGAAUUCUUCAAGUGGACUGAUUUUCUGGAACACAAGAAGAACUGUACUAAAAACCCGCUUGUGUUGAUUGUGAACGAAGAUGAAGCUGCACCUCCCUCGGAAGAAUUCCCGGAGCCCUCGCCUGCUAGCUCUCCCAGUGACCAAGCAGAGAGUGAAGCUGCUGAAGAAAGUGUUCAGGCCGAGAACAGCGAGGUCUGCGAGGUAAAGAAUACAGAGAAGGAAGACGAACCUAUGGAGAUAGAGCCUUCUGCAGAAAAGAGUUACCCCAGUCAAGGCACCACUAGCACAGCUACGACACUACCUCAGAUUAGUGAACCAUCUUCCUUGACAAGUUAUAACAUGCCAAACACUAAUGUAACCUUAGAGACUUUGCUGAGCACUAAAGUGGCUGUUGCACAAUUCUCGCAGAGUACAAGGUGCGCGGCUACUGCAACCACGGCCAGUGGGGUCACGGCAGUGGCCAUCCCCAUGAUUCUCGAGCAGCUGAUGGCAUUGCAGCAGCAACAGAUUCACCAGUUGCAGCUAAUUGAGCAAAUCCGGAGCCAGGUGGCCAUGAUGAAUCGGCAGCCGCUGCGUCCCACUCUCAAUCCAGCUGCUCCUUCUCAGAGCGCUCCUGUGCAAGCCUCGAACCAGCUCCAAGGGUUUGCCGCAAACUCUGCCCUUCAGUUAGCAGCAGUCGUUCCUUCUGCCAUAGUGGCGCAGGCCACUAGCAACCCACCAACUGCCUUUGAGAGCUCUCAGCACAUUUCAAGGCCUACGUCGGGCGCAAGCACCCCGAACAUGUCAAGCAACGGUUCUUCUGCCCCCAAUGAGUCAAGCACACCGUCCUGUUCUAAUGCAAUCACUGCUUCAUUAACACCCGUUUCUGUGUCAAAUAGUACUAGCAGCUGUUCCCAGCCCCAAAAUACUCCGACUCCACCUUCAAUAGGACCUGGAAAUCUCCUCACCUCAGCUUCCAGCCUGCCAAACCCACUUCUACCUCAGACGUCAUCCAGUAGUGUAAUUUUCCCCAACCCACUGGUUAGCAUCGCUGCGACUGCUAAUGCAUUGGAUCCUCUGUCUGCUCUUAUGAAGCACCGCAAAGGGAAGCCACCAAAUGUAUCUGUGUUUGAACCCAAGACAAGUUCUGAGGAUCCCUUUUUUAAACAUAAGUGUAGGUUUUGUGCCAAGGUCUUUGGGAGUGACAGUGCUCUGCAGAUACACUUGCGCUCGCACACCGGAGAAAGACCCUUUAAGUGUAACAUAUGUGGGAAUCGGUUUUCUACGAAAGGCAAUUUGAAAGUCCAUUUUCAAAGGCAUAAGGAGAAGUAUCCACACAUUCAGAUGAAUCCAUAUCCGGUCCCAGAAUACCUCGACAAUGUUCCCACUUGUUCUGGGAUUCCGUACGGAAUGUCGUUGCCACCCGAAAAGCCAGUUACUACAUGGUUGGAUAGCAAGCCUGUGUUACCAACCGUUCCAGCUUCAAUUGGGUUGCAGCUUCCUCCAACAAUACCGGGGGUGAGCAGUUAUGGAGAUUCCCCAAGUAUUACUCCUAUGAGCAGGUCACCCCAAAGGCCAUCCCCUGCACCAAGCGAAUGCACUUCCUUAUCCCCAAGCCUAAACAACUCUGAGUCAGGCAUUCCUUUGUCUGCAGAAUCCCCACAACCAAUCCAUAGUGGUUCAGCUAUGACUAAAACGGAACCUGUCAACAUUCCUGUGACAAACGCAAGGCUAGGAGAAAACUCUCUAAGUGGGCAGGUUUCUGCAGUACCCCCAUCUCCAGUUCCUAAUGCUGUUACGGACGGCAUCUCCACAAGCAUCCCGAACCCUGUGCUUCCAGCAUUGUCUGAUCAAUUCAAGGCUAAGUUUCCAUUUGGUGGUCUACUAGACUCUAUGCAAACAUCAGAAACCUCAAAACUGCAACAGCUCGUAGAGAACAUCGAUAAGAAGAUGACAGAUCCAAAUCAAUGUGUCAUUUGUCACCGUGUGCUCAGUUGUCAGAGUGCUCUCAAGAUGCAUUACAGAACCCAUACAGGAGAAAGACCAUUUAAAUGCAAAAUUUGUGGACGUGCAUUCACUACAAAAGGCAAUCUAAAAACACAUUUUGGAGUUCAUCGAGCGAAGCCACCACUUAGAGUACAGCAUUCGUGUCCCAUUUGUCAGAAGAAAUUUACAAAUGCUGUUGUUCUUCAGCAGCAUAUUCGUAUGCACAUGGGUGGGCAAAUUCCAAACACGCCAUUACCAGAGGGCUUCCAAGAUGCUAUGGACUCGGAGCUUUCCUUUGAUGAAAAGAACGCAGAAACGCUGAGCAACUACGAUGAUGACAUUGAUGAAAAUUCCAUGGAAGAGGACCCAGAGUUAAAAGACAACACAAGUGACUCCUCCAAACCACUCCUACCUUAUUCCACUUCAUGCCCACCUUCCCCCCCAUCUGUAAUUUCUAGCAUUACUGCUCUGGAAAAUCAAAUGAAAAUGAUUGAUUCUGUCAUGAACUGUCAACAGUUGACCAAUCUGAAAUCAUUAGAAAAUGGGUCAGGGGAAAGUGACCAUUUAAGCAACGAUUCCUCGUCCGCUGUUGGAGAUCUGGAGAGCCAGAGUGCAGGGAGCCCUGCAAUGUCUGAAUCUUCUUCAUCCAUGCAGGCGCUGUCUCCUGAAAACAGCAUCAGUGAAAGUUUCAGAUCAAAAUCCCCAGGUUUUAGCAACCAGGAAGAACACCAAGAAAUACAAUUAAAGACAGAAAAACCUGACAGUCCACCACCACCUACUGUUGAAAAUGGAGGUGCACUGGAUUUGACAGCCACCAACCCGGGAAGGCCACUCAUCAAAGAAGAAGCUCCUUUUAGCCUGCUGUUCCUGAACAGAGAACGUGGUCCCAGCCAAAGCACUCCUAGCCUGGUCACCAGCACUGCGCCUACUCUGAUCAAAAUGGAAGUGAACGGUCACAGCAAGCCGAUCUCAUUGGGCGAGGUCCCGUCGCUUCCAGCUGGAAUCCAGGUUCCUGCUGCACCACAGUCAGUGAUGAGCCCGGGCAUCACUCCUAUGCUGGCACCACCGCCACGCCGGACUCCCAAACAGCACAACUGUCAGUCAUGUGGGAAGACCUUCUCCUCAGCAAGUGCACUGCAGAUACACGAGCGCACCCAUACUGGUGAAAAGCCAUUUGGUUGCACAAUCUGUGGUAGAGCUUUUACCACAAAAGGGAAUCUUAAGGUUCACAUGGGAACUCAUAUGUGGAAUAACGCUCCUGCACGACGUGGCCGUCGACUCUCUGUGGAAAACCCCAUGGCUUUGUUAGGUGGUGAUGCUCUGAAGUUUUCUGAAAUGUUCCAAAAGGAUUUGGCAGCUCGGGCCAUGAAUGUUGACCCAAAUUUUUGGAAUCAGUACGCUGCAGCUAUUACUAAUGGACUUGCAAUGAAGAACAAUGAAAUUUCUGUCAUACAGAAUGGAGGCAUUCCCCAGCUCCCAGUAAGUUUAGGCGGAAGUGCCAUUCCGUCUUUAAGUAACAUUACCAGUGGCAUGGACAAAGCUCGCACCGGCAGUAGCCCUCCCAUCAUUGGCUUGGACAAAGCGAGUUCUGAAACUGGAGCCAACCGUCCAUUCACAAGGUUUAUUGAGGAUAAUAAAGAGAUUGGCAUAAAUUAAAAACAUUCAAGUAACAAGUAACUGUUGGACCACUACUCAACACAACAUUUGUUCUUUCAUGUACAGUUUUGGGAGUUAAGCAUUAGUUUCGUGACCUAAUUGCCUAGGUUCCCUUUAAGAUUUUCCCCCCCAUAGCAGAAAUACAUAACUUCGUGUCCGCUGAAAAGUUGUCUUGCAAGAUUUGCAUGGCACUGCUUUCAACAGUGAGCUGACUGUUAGCGAGAACUGCAGAACUCUUUAAAUUUAAGUAAAACGAUAAAUCAUUGGAUAAACUGCAUUAGGGACUGAAGGAAGCUAAAUUGUUUCAAUUUUUGUUCUUUAACAAAACAAAACGACGCCAAUUGAGUAAAAGGGGGCUUCUCAAUGGCAUUUUCAGUCCAGCUCUUCCUUUGCUGGUUUUGUUCCACUUAGCUAGAAACUUGAACUAUGUUUUUAGAAAUCCUCUAACACUCAAUAAGUGAUUUAGUACCCUAAUGCUGUGUAUGAUUACAGUAUUCUUGUCUGUAGUAUUUAUAAUGUAAAGAUAAUGCGGGUAACAGACAAUAUACUAGCCCCAUCCUUAAAUGAAGCUUUUGUACUGCAAAAUACACCUGGCUAUGUGAUUUUCUUUCUUUUUUUAAGCAAGUUUUGUUUCCCUAUAAAUAAGUGGUUUAUUUCAAUGCAGGCAAAAUUGUGAAGUUUUAUUGGGAAAGAUAGCAUGCUUUUCAUGUGCAAGUACCUGUCAGUAACAAACCAUUUUAAUUUAAAUAUUUGUAGCUGCUAUGUGGACAGUUGUUCUAUUAAAUGAAAAAAAUUGUAGUGUGGACUUCAGUUCAUGGUUGGAAAACAAGUUACAGACAAACCUUAUCACCAUAUAUUAUUCACAACAUUAUAAGCGGUUGUGAAUAAAACAUUUCAUGUUAUCAAAGGCAGUACAAUAAAAAGGCAGUGUUUGUAUAAUGUGUUGCAAACUCUUAAUUUAUACUAUUGCACUUUUAGUAUUUUAUAUUUAGGGAGGUUUGUCUAUAAUUUGAAUCUGAACAAAGAUGUAAACUAUUUUAUAAAUAGUACUUUGGCUUGAGGAAAAAUGGGGGGGGGGAUAUUUUGUUGUGUUUGUCUUUUAAGGUCAAACAGUAGGAGAGA